CCUCCUCCCUCCACCCCUGGCUUCUGCUCUUCUUCUCCUUUCUACCGGCUGGCAGGGGCUCCCAGAGGACAGCAGCCAGAAGGAUGACCCAAAACAUGGUGACUGUGAAUGGCAUCGAUGUGGCCUCUACACUGUCCCAGCCCACUCACAUCAACAUCCACAUCUAUCAGGAAUCAGCUUUGGGACAAUUGCUCAAAGCUGGGGCUUCCCUGAAGGAACUCUUUUCUCAUCCUCGGGACACUGGCCUUACUGGCCUUUCCAAGGCCAGGAUGAGCUAUGGGCAGCUGGCAUUGGGGGUGACACAGAUAUUGUUAGGGGCUCUGAGCUGUGCCCUUGGAGUGUUACUUUGCUUAGGACCCCAGACAGAGCUGUGCACCUCAGGCUGCGCCUUCUGGGCAGGGACUGUGGCUAUUGCAGCAGGAGCUGGGGCCAUUGUCUAUGAGAAGCACCGGGGCAAACUUUCAGGCUAUGUUUCAGGUCUGCUCCUGCUGGCUGGUGUCGCCACAGCCAUGGCUGCUGUUGCCCUCUGUGUGAAUAGCUUAACCUGGCAAAGUGAUGGCUUCUAUGACAUCGACUCUGCGUGUGAUUACCCAGAACCUGCUGUCACAACCACUGGGUACCAAAAGUCGUGGCCAAGAAGUCAGGAGUCACACUGGAGAAAGGAUAGAUGUAGAACCUACAUGCAUAUACUGAUGAACUUGUUCCUAGGAAUCCGUGCUCUGCUCCUGGCUGUCUGUGUCCUGCAGGCCAUCAUAUCCUUGGCUUCUCUGAGCAUGGGUCUUCGGAACUUGUGUGGCCAGAGCUCUCGGCCUCUGGAUGAGGAAGGGUCAGAGAAGAAGUUACUCGGGGAGAAUUCAGUGCCUCCCUCCCCUUCCAAGGAGAAGACCAUGGAAGCCAUCAUCCUGUGAGCCACCGAAGACCCUGCCUGGGCCCCUGCAUGUCCCUGACGGGAGUAGCCCAGGGCCACUGGGGAGGACAGCACCCACUCCCCAGGGCCCUUCACUGACCUGCCCCUCACACUUGCAUCUCUUUUGGUCGUUGUCCCAGCCCUCCUUCUCUCCCCACUGUUCCAUCGCAGUGGCCUCAAGUCACUGAACGGGUGUCGUCGCAUUUUCUCCAGAGCUAAUUAAACAUAAACAACAGGAAAACUCAUUUUGCCCAGAAA